AAUUUUAAAGUUAUGCUAAGAUUUUUGUAUUUAAUGAAUUUUUAAAGCUUCGCAUAUCAUGAAAAAAAAAACUCAUAAAGUUAUAUGAUAAUCCUAUCUAUAUGAAUAGCUGGAAGGAAUCCUUAUUUUCCCAUUUGCAGUACUUUCGUUUUAGAGUUAACCUUAACCAACUUUUCAGCUGAUCAGUCAGUCUAUUUGUUUACAAUUUUGAAUGGGGAGUUUCUUUGUUGAAAGAUUUCACUGUUAUAAUGCUUCUAUUUUAAUUUGCGGUUAAAACUGAGUGUUUCAUAAUGAAAAUGCAGUCUUACGAGCUUCAUUUAAUACCUCCAGAUUUAAGAAGAGAAGAAGCUAUUCUACAAAUUGCGGACUCUUUAGAUUUUAUGAAAAAAAUUACUGACAGUAUAUUUAAAAAAAUACAAGACCGUGUUACUGAUUACAACAAAAGACUUCAAUCUGUUUGUGAUCGUGCUGAUGUUGCACAGAAGAAAAUUGAUAAAAUUAGAGGAAGUAGUAAAGCAACUAAGGUGUUUUCCAGCUACAAAUAUCCAGCUGCAGAUGUUCUCAGUGAAUACAACGCCUUAUUUAGCAGUGACACAGAUUUUGCGGCAAAGCAAUUUACUAGUUACCGAGUGAAAUCAAAGCAUGCUACUCCUGACGAGCAGACACUGAAACAAAAGCUGCAGUUUUAUAAUGUUAAAGUUCCUGAAAGACUGAAAGAAAGGGAUCAGAUGAUGGAAGAAGGUUUGGGAAGCCUGCCUAAGGGCCUUGAUUCUUUGAGCACACUGCUGUUGUUUAAUACGUCAGAAAAUCCGUACAAGAAGUAUGUUGUAUUAGAUCCACUAGGAGCAAUUACAAAAACAAGGAAAAGCUUGGAAGAAGAAACAACUGCUGAUGAAAUUGGAGCAGCGCCUAUAUCUAUUAGUCAGAGGGAUCAGAUUGAAGCUGUAGAAAAAAUUAAUUACUUUUAUAAUCCUGGUAUGGGAGAAGUACCAGAAAUGGAUGUGCCUUUAGCGUUACCAGAUUUACCAGGUAUUGCUGAUGAUCUGCUCUACAGUGCAGACUUGGGACCUUCCAUUGCACCAUCAUCCAUUCCAGUCAUAUCGAGUACCGUGUUGCCUGAACUACCAACUGUGGGUCCUGAAAGUCCUCAGGACAAUUUGUCUUCAGAAAUACCAUCAAUUCCUUCUGUUCCAGAUGGUCUUCCAGAAAUAUCCAAGAGCAUCUCUACAAGCACACCAGCAGUGGCACCGCCACCACCUCCACCACCACCUCCUCCUCCACCACCACCUCCUCCCACAUCUCCUGAGACUGAAACAGUGCCGACUGAGAAAGUUCCUGAGCCUGUUGUCAAGGCACCAACGGCAGUCGUAAAUCCAACUGAUGCAAGAUCAAACCUGCUAGAAUCCAUCAGGCAAGCAGGUGGCAGUGGAAAAGCUAAAUUGAAAAGUGUUGCUGACAGAAAACUUGAAGCCAAAAAGAAAAAAGAGGAGGAAAGGAAAGUUGUUUCAGGUAGUGGGGAUUUGAUGAGUGAUUUAUUCAAUAAACUUCAAAUGAGAAGGAAAGGAAUAUCAGGAGCCAAUCAAAGCGGAGGUGUCUCCGAAUCACAGCCUCCUCCUGCUGUUAACCCUAUUUCAGCCAUGGAGAAAAUAUCGGCUAUGAUUCCCCCUCCACCCCUGAAGCAGCCAGGUAACACCUCGGCAGAUGAAAAUGAUGAUGAUGAUGACGAUUGGGACUGAUUCCCCCCUCCCCCUCUUCUUUCAUUUUUGUAGUAAAGAAAAGUGUUAAGCAACAAAUUUGGCAUGAUUUAUUUUUUACUUUGUGAGACAUAUAUUUCUCUGGUGAAUUUACAUAUUCAAUUUCUUUUAUGCAAUAUUGUCAAAUUGCUUGUAUCUAAAAGAAAAUAAAUGCAUUGAUAUUUUU